GAAGGCGCGAAAUAGACUCCAACAGAGACCACUAACCUUGCGGAACGCCAAAAAAUCUUGCGAAACGUAGUUCGAUCACGAUCAAGAAUAAUGGCACAGACAAACGAAAAAAUUAAGAACGGGGUAAAUAGUGAACACGAGGAGUAUCAGUACUUGAGACUGAUCGAAAAGAUUAUUGCCACAGGGGCAAAGAAGAUGGAUCGCACAGGGACCGGUACUUCUGCGCUUUUCGGGACUCAGAUGCGAUUCAGUCUGAGGGAUGGAAUUUUCCCACUUCUCACCACGAAAUCGGUCUUCUGGAAGGGAGUAGUGGAAGAACUCCUCUGGUUCAUCAGUGGAUCCACAAACGCCCACGAAUUAUCAAAGCGAGGAGUGAAAAUCUGGGACGCCAACAGCUCACGUGAAUACUUGGAUGCUUACGGCUUCAAGGACCGUGAGGAGGGUGAUCUAGGGCCAAUCUAUGGGUUUCAGUGGAGACACUCUGGUGCCAAGUACACUAACAUGCAUGCAGACUACACUGGACAAGGCAUCGAUCAACUCGAGGAGGUGGUGAACAAGCUGAGGCACAAUCCGGACGACCGAAGGAUCAUAAUCUGCGCCUGGAACCCAGCAGACAUUCCCAAAAUGGCUCUUCCACCCUGCCACUGCCUCGUCCAGUUCUUCGUUGCUGACGGAGAGCUCUCCUGUCACCUGUACCAACGAAGCGCAGACAUGGGCCUCGGGGUGCCCUUCAACAUCGCCUCCUACUCACUGUUGACGUAUAUGCUGGCACACAUAUCUAAUCUGAAGCCUGGAGAAUUCGUCCACACUAUGGGGGAUUGCCAUGUCUAUUCAAACCACAUCGAGCCCCUGCAGAUACAAUGCCAGAGGGCCCCGAGGCCAUUCCCCACCCUGAAAAUCACCAGAGAUGUGAAGGAAAUCGAUGACUUCCUGGCUUCUGAUUUUAAAUUAAUUGGAUAUGAUCCUCACCCCAAAAUCCCCAUGAAAAUGGCUGUCUAAGUAGUUUAAGAAGCUUCUCGGUCAUCUGUGAUUCAGAGAGACUAAUCUAUGGAUAUUUCAUUCAGAAUAUGUAUUAAUUCCGUUGAGAAGUGAUGAACCGUUGUAAUUGUAAUCACAACUUUUAACUGAUUUUUCACGUCUGAGUGUACUAUUUCGCUUCUAAUGAUGUUACGUAGGUCUAAACGCUUAAAGAGAAUUAAAUUUAAGGAUAUAAAGUCUCAGGAUCUGGAAAAUCAGUAUUUGCCUAUAAAAACCAGUGAAUUCCACUAGGAUAAAUGUAAAGGGAUAAUUCGGAGGACAACUACCAGAAUUAUUCAGAAAUCACAAAUGUCUUAGGAAUAACUUUUACUUUAUUUACCCUAAUAAAAAUUAUAUUCUCGAUAAA